AUGAAUAAAAAUCGGAGCGCAACAGUACAACAAACAAUAUUCCACUCGUAAAGGUAACAGGCAGGCAAAUGUUUACAAAGAGGGCUCGACUAAAACUGCAUUUGAAAUUUUUUUUUUCUAUUUGAAUAUAUACAUAUAUACAUCUAUCUAUCUAUAUAUAUAUACGAACACAGAAAGCUGAUCACCUUCGAAGUCACCGACAGAAGAAGAAAGCUACAGCUUCAGCCACAGUCAGAGGGACUAUACUGAAGAAACGGAGCUGCCGAAUUGAAGAGCUUCCUGAGAGCUAUACACACCACUGACUACGCAGCUUUCCCUUCCUUCCUUCCUUCCUUCCUUCCUUCCUUCCUUCCUUCCUUCCUUCCUUCCUUCCUUCCUUCCUUCCUUCCUUCCUUCCUUCCUUCCUUCCUUCCUUCCUUCCCUUCCUGUUAUAUUUUCUUUUUUUUUCUUUUCUCUUUUCUUUUCCUCUUGCCUUUGCUCCUCCGGAUCUCUAGUUAUCUCUAACUCUUUUUCCUCUCUGCCCCCUCUCCUUCCAGUGUCACACGCCCUCUUAGUUCUGUAUGUCUGCAAACUUUUGAACAGAAUCCUCGCAUCAGCAAACAAGUCCUCCUCCUCCUCCUGCUAUCUUGCUGCUCCUGUUCCUGCUCUUUCCUGCAGCUUUUCUUUAGACAGGAGAGAGAGGAGGUGAUGCCAUUUACAUUGUGAACUAUUUCGACCGAAACUUGGAGGAACAAUUUGCUCGCUGUCCUAAUUGGAAUCAAACGCUUUUCGUGAAGAGGUUUAAGAGUUGAAUGAAUGGCAAUGUGUAGCAAAGCGACCCUAGCUUUGCUGAUCUAUGGAAUACUAAUGCAUAGCAGCGUCUACUGCUCACCUACAGCCGGACUCCAGUUUCCUGCUUUCAGCAGACUGGAGGAUGAAGCUUAUGAUGAGGAUGGGAACACGCUGCAGGACUUCGCCUUUGAUAAUAACCGUUUGGGCUUAGGAAACACUGCAUCCAUGCUGGGGGACGUGUACACUCUCUAUUAUCCACCGGAAGAGAGAGAAACGGAUGAUAUAUUGAAUAAAGCCUAUCGAAAAGUUCUGGGUCAACUGUCUGCGAGGAAGUACCUGCAUUCUCUCAUGGCCAAACGCAUAGGGAUGGGUAGCGGUGUGGAGGACGAUACUGAACCGCUUUCCAAGCGCCACUCCGACGGGAUCUUCACGGACAGCUACAGCCGCUAUCGGAAACAAAUGGCUGUCAAGAAAUACUUGGCAGCGGUCCUGGGGAAAAGGUAUAAACAGAGAGUUAAAAACAAAGGACGCCGCAUAGCGUUUUUGUAGCGAUGAGUUACCUACCAGCCACCCUGUGUGUACAGUCCUCUUAACAGAAUGAAAAAUCAUUUCCAAAAAUUGACUGAACAAUCAUCGCGCCUGUGUUCUAUCUAAACAUGUAUUUAUGUAUGAAGUAAAGCCAUUAAAUGAAUAUUUUGAUAAUAAUAUUGUUUUUCUUUUGUACAAAGCACUAGAGAACUCACAGAUCUACUUUGUGGACCAAUCAUUUAAGUUAUAUAUACUAUUAUAAAUAUAUAUAAAUAUAAUAGAGAGCAAUUCAUAUAAAGCGUGCACAAGGAAUGACAAAAUUCGCCUGAGCUGUUUAUGUUUUUAUAUAAAAAAAGACAAUCAUUGUUUUGGAUAUUACUCCUAUUUUUGUAACUGGAAUUAAAAGGAUAGUAUUUUUAUCCACGACAGGGGUGAAGAUAUUAAUACUGACCAUUUGCUACUGUACAUAAACACUGAUGCCCUCUACAAGGGGAUUAUAAGAUUAAUGAUUUGGGAGAAUUGCUGAAGCACAUUCUUCCCUCCCCAUGAGUCUCCUUAAAAAAAAAAAAAGAAAAAAGAAAAAAAAAAAAAGAAAGGCUGUUUUAAUCCAAGCCUAUCAAAGGGGCACUAUCUCCCUUUCAAUUUUCUGCUUUCUUUGAUUCCACUUUUAUAUGUAUUUGUGUCUCCUCAAAUAGUGAGUUUAGAAGUUAAUUCUCUUGUGGUGAAACAACAGCUCUCUCUAAAUUGUUCCUCUCUGUUGACUAAGAGCAGUUCAGUAAAGAGGAGUUAAGGAGGGAGGGGAGGCAAAGAAGGGUGACUUGUAAAAAAUAACGAGCCCCUUCUCAUUUUCUGUUCUUUAUAGAUCAGUUACCGGACCAAAAAUCUGAAAUUAAAAUAACUGAAUCAAAGAGUUGGAAAUUUAGGCACAGAAAGAGUCACUUGAGGCAGAAAAGGAAAACCUCAGAGAAUUUUGAGCGGUCAUAGGGUCUGAGUAUCUUGAGGCAAAUAUAGUCCCACUAACUGACCUUGGGCAGCUCGGUAUUGGAACUUGAUACAAAGUAUAAUGUGUUUCUCUCCAGUGCUGUCCAUGCUUCUCAUCGUGUGAAAUGGCCAGGGUUCUCUCCUUUGAACUAUAUUCAAUUGGAGUUGCUCCUUUCUUUGUUGUUUUCCUGUAGAUCCUUCUUCCCCAUCCCCCUCCUGCAAUUUAAUCAUUGUUUACCCUUUUCAUUCACUUCUUUAAAAAUUGUGAGUGCUUGUUCUCACUCUUUUGUUCUGUUUUAUGCAAGCUCUUAUUGUAAAGUUUAGGAACCCCUGUUGUAGCUAUCACUAAAUAAUUAUGCACUAACUACAAAAGUUUUGUUCCUUGUUUAUUGAGUUUGGAGGUAAAAUGUAUUUUUCUACAUUAUGGCUUACUGCUUAGUAAAAUUUAUUUCGUAAAUCAAUUUUGUCAUAUUAAAAUGUGUAGUGUUCACAUACUGUUCAGUUCUACCCAAUGAUAAAUCAUUUUAACAUCAUCUUUAUAUGUAUGAGUACUAUCUUACUUUUUUUUUUUUUUUGUCAAGAGUGAGACAAAAUAGCCUCUAUCAGUUCCAGAGAAUUUCCUGGUCCUCUUUGACUAAAGAAGGCCUGUCUAUUUGCUUCUUGUCAUGACACUGAACAUAUUCUAGAGGAAUCUCUAUACAAAAAUAUCCCAACCUAAUCUCCUCCCCAAAAAAGUAACAUCAGAGAAUCCAGUCAGUUACUCCCCCAAAUUUGUCACUGAUUUCUUUAAAAAAAAAAAAAAAAGACAACAUG